GAAAGAGGACAAACAGGAGGAGGAGGUGAAAUCAAUGCAUUCUGCAGACUGCAGACAUUUGCGGUAGAAUGGGUCGCAGCGAGGAGCUCAGUGACUUCCAGCGGGGGACCGUGGUUGGAUGUCACAUGUGCAAAAAGUCUGUCCGGGAGAUUUCCGUUCUGUUAAACCUUCCGCGGUCCACCGUGAGCGCUGUCAUCUUGAAGUGGAAACGUGGAGGAAUAACGACGGCUCUGCCCCGGAGCGGCCGACCGCACAAGCUCAAGGAGGAGGACCGUCAAGUCCUGGAGAAAGUAGCGUUGGAAAACUGUUCGCCCUCGGUGGAAGCUCUCACCGCAGAGUUUCAGACCGCCUCCGGGGCCAGCGUGAGCCCCAGGACCGUCCGCCGGGAGCUGCAUGAGAUGGGCUUCCGUGGCCGAGUGUCCACGUACAACAAGCCUAAAGGAGGGGAGAAAGCAGAGAAGAAGCGGGCAGCUCCAAGCCAAGACAACGCCAAGGUGGACGUGUCGCGUCUGGACCUGCGCGUUGGACGUAUAAUCUCAACUGUGCAGCUUCCAGAGACUGAUGGUCUGUAUGUGGAGCAGGUCGAUGUUGGAGAGAUGUGUCCCAGGACGGUGGUCAGCGAGCUAGCUAAGCACAUACCUCUGGACCAGAUGCAGAACCGCAUGGCGGUCCUGUUGUGUAACCUGAAGCCAGCCAAGACGAGAGGAGUGGUGUCCCAGGCUGUGGUGAUGUGUGCCAGCUCACCCGACAAGGUUGAAAUCCUUGAACCUCCAAGCGGAGCAGCACCAGGGGACAGAGUUAUUUUCCCGAGCUUCCCAGGUGAACCAGACAAAGAGCUGAACCCCAAAAACAAGGUCUGGGAGCAGGUUUUGCCAGACCUACGCACCAGUGACCAGUGUGUUGCAACCUACAAGGGAGCUGCGUUUGAGGUUGCCUGCAAGGGAGUGUGCAAAGCCCAAACCAUGAGCGACAGUGAAAUCAAAUAAACGAACGGAGCUGCUCAAAAUAGCUCGGUGCAAAUCCCUGCUGCCAGAAAGGAUCCAAAGUGUUGUGUAGAGUGGUUCCAGAAGAGCGGAGGCCCUUGGUUUUGGAAAGACAUGUCCAGCAAACACAUGGGUGUGAUGUUGGAGUGUUCACAUACUUUUGUCCCAUGAGGAAGGAAAGUGAAGAUGGUGAGGAGUAUGUCGCCCUCUGUUGGACGGACACUUUUAUCUAAAAUCAGAAGUUCUGUAUUUGGCCAAAGGAGGGCACUUCAGUACCCAUGAUGAUGUACAGUAUGUGUGUAGUGACACAUGGGAACAUACAGCCCACAGUGAUACUCGGCAUUGUGAAAAGAAAAUGGAAAUUCUUACAAAGAAUCCCUUUUUAGUUGGGAAAUAUUUGAUAAAAUCGAAAUGUUUUCCCAUGACGCCACAGUGGUCAUUUCCACUUAACAGAGGAUGAAACUAAACGGUGCAGAAAUCCCUUUUUGAAAAAGUGGACACUGAACAGUUUUACUUUCUGUUGACAGUACGGAAAUUAGUUGGAAUGAAAUGGAAAUAACUUUAAAACGAAUUGGUUUUACCAAAUAAAAUGUGUUCUUAAGCAACUGCAUGCGGUCAGUUCUUUCACCUGCUUUAGGUUAAGUUUGAUGCUGGCAAAUAAUGAAAGCAAGUGUGCGUGUGUGUGUGUGUGUCCUUUAUUUUAAAGGAAGAGGUGAAAAUUGCAUGUAAACAAUGAGGAUGUGAUUCAGGAACUAAGAAGUGGAACAGAUUGUCUCUGAUGAGAUGUUGCUGGUAACUAACAGAACAGGAGGUCUGGGAGGGAAUGGUAUCAACAUUUUCAUAAAUGAAAGAUAUGUCUUACAAUUUCAUAAAUUAGAGAAGGAAGUUAUGAAACUGCUUUGCCAUAUACAAGAAGAAACCCCAGACUCAGUUCUCAUUAAAAGGAUAUAACAGUCUUACUGUGUACAUUUGUAAUGGUAUGUAUCAUACUGAUCAUUAAAUAUUCCUUUAGACACUGCAGGUUUUGUUUGUAUGUUUCUAACAGUUGUUGUAAGGUAACUAAUCUGCCUAAAGAUGGACCACGGUGUUUUCAGUCUGAAAACUCAAGUUAUAUUAAAAAAAAAAAGAAAAAACAUGAGAAACUGCACUGACUAGGACGAGGAGGAAAUGCCACCCCCUCAAUCUACCAGCCCCCUUCCAACUUCCCCAUGGCAAGCCUCUUCAACAUUCAGUCAAACCACACUCUCACUUUUCAGUGCCAAUGUAAACUUACUUUAAAUUACAUGAAAGUGUAUUAUUGUUGUAUGGUUUUUACUUUUACUGUCAGUUGUGUUGCAUGUUAAGUUAGUUGCUUUAUUUGUUGCACACUUGUAAUAAUUUUAUUUUUAUAGCACCUUUAACGUGUGUUAGAACAAGGUAAGUUUGGUUUGAAGUUAUAAAGAUUUGGUGGAACCGAUUCCUCAGGCCCUGAGGCAGUUGCCACUUUUGCCUGGUUGGUAAUGUGGAAAUUGAGCAAGGACUGAAAGUCCACAUAAUUAACAAAAUCACCAACAUAUUGAACAGAGCUCUCACAACAUCAUUGCUAUGAUUAUAAGCUCACUGGGCCCAUUCACAAGCCUGUACAUUGCAUCAGAGAGCAAGUACAGUUCAAGUCCAAAGUGUGUGGUAAAGCAUUGUGCUACUCUAGAGUCUAGACCAAGUGACACUCAAUCUUCCUCAAGGUCCAAGAGAUGAAGGCCAAUUCUAAAAUCCUCACUGUGUCCUUUUCCUUCACUUGAGCCUUGAGGAUGUA